AUGGCCUACACGACUCACCGGUUUCGGCUGCCCGCCCCCUUGGAUCCUAAAGCCAACGACACGGGGAACGGCUCAGCGACUCCUGCUUCUGAUGGUAUCUCAGAUACAAGCGCUCAUCUCAAACUUGGCCUCGCGGCCUGCAAUCGCUGUCGAAGACUGAAAAAGCGGUGCAGUAAGCAGCCUCCCCGGUGUGAGCUGUGCAUUCAUGCUGGCAAAAGAUGCUCCCUGUCCAAUGCAGACGCCCCAUCAACGCCUAGGAGGGGGAAUUCACAGCCAGGAAGAGAGUGGCCUGUCCGCUCGACUGAUGGAUAUGGAUACCCGUCGCCUCCAGACCUUUCCGCGAUGGUAUCUGGGCCUGAAGUCAGCCAGUCGACCGGGACCUCCACGGCAGACGAAUCUUCAUCACACCAUUUUCAGCCAGGCGCGGUCAUAGCCCACGAAACCGGGCAAUAUCUGCCUGUGAAUGCCGAUACGCUCUUUGUGGAUGAUAGCCAGGGCGGUCCUGGACAGAGAUCUCAGCCUCAUAUCUGGAGAGAGAUCAUCUCUCACGGUACGCCAAGUUCUGACACAGGGUCGAUGCUCGCGCAGCCCUCGUUCGUUGAAGCUGGCAAUGACACGGGGCACAUGGCGCAGCUGCAUGCAUACUUCCGUCACGUCGGCCGGGUUUACCCUUUCAUUGAUAAGAGCAAGCUUCUUCGCACGGCCCAGGCACUCUCUGGCCAGGACCUCAGAGACAGCAACGACCCGGAGGCGCGAAUCUUAUACCUCGUUAGGGCGAUUGGCCGGACGACGUUGGAGCGUAAGAGUGGCGAGGCCCCAAAAGAAACCGCAGGAACCGAAAUUCCGUAUGCAGAUAUCCUGCAGCAUUGCAUGAUGCAUGAGAACGAACAGACGGUUCGGAUUCUUGCAUUACUGGCCAUCCACUCGUUGUUUGAUCCAAAGGGUAUGCCAACAAUCUCCAUCGUCCGAAUUCUAACGCAGCAAGCUAUGACGCUCGGCCUCACGAAGACUUCCACUCAGGAAGACGCGCUGUCGCCACAGGAUGUUGAACUACGCCAUCGCCUGUUCUGGAGCAUCUUUGUUCUCGACCGCAUGACAGCCUUUUCACUUGGUCAGCCAGCUGGACUCGUGACGUCCGACACUGAUGUCCCAUUCCCAACAUUGACUGUCUCGGAAUUUGCGUCGCCUGAAAGAGCCAACUACGCCUACAUGCUGCAAGUCAGUCGCCACGUUAUCCAGCUGCGAACUCUGGAGAGCCAAAUAUUGGCGCAAGUCCACUUGAGAAGCCGUUCCGACGUGAGUGCCCUGGCUGCAUUAGACCGCGCCGCCAUCAUAUCUCGACUCCGCUUAGAAAUCGCCAACUGGUACGGCAACGGUUGCUUGAUUUCACUGCCGGAAGAAGAUAACAUUCCCAUCCACAACUCCAUCACGUGGCUCAAUGCGAGAUACUACCAUCUCCUGCUGAUUCUGUACUACCCGUGCCACUUCAAUUCAGGGGCGAGCUACGUCUCCAAGAUCGAGUAUUUCGAUUUCCUCCGGAAACACGUCCAAUAUAACAAGGUAUUGCUUGCAGAUGGUCAGCUCCCGCUCAACGCCAUAACGCUGUGCCGGCUGAUGCCUGUGUGCUUGGUCCUUCUAUAUUGCUACGACCUUUCGACAGCGGAAGACAUUCUUGAUUCUAUCCACCUGCUGGAAGCCUUUCCUGUUGCAUGGAGCAAAGCUCAUCAUGCAGCACGGACAAUGCGGGAAUACAAGUCACUCAUCUCAAACAGCGCGGGCGCGUCAACAAGCAGCUUACCGUUCUCCCAGCAACCGGCCGACCUUCGACUCUCCGACCAUCAGACAAGGUUGCAAUGCCUGAAAAGGGACCUUGUCGCUGUUUGUCGUGAUCUUCUGGGUAAAAGCACUUGUUAUCAGUAUGUCGACUGGGAUAUUGGGCCAAAAUCGAUUGAGUUCUCGAGCCACGGUGUGCAGUCUAAGGACGCCAUUCAUUCCCGAUCGACCGCAACCCGACCAGCAAUGCUCCAACCGAGCUACGUCGACCUUGGAUUUCUGUACUGA